AUGACAUUGCACGCUGCGACAAGGCUUUGCCUGGCUGUUCUCCUCCUUCUCCUUCCAAUCUACAAUCAUCGAGUCUUCGUGCGGGCCGAUGCCGACUUUCUCGACGUCCGGACAAAGCUAGAUCGAGAUCGCAGUGGAAAAGGAGGAGACCCAAAGGACAAAUACUUUCACGAGUCCACGUUCCAUCCUCAUUACGAUGGUCGAUUUGCCGCAGCCCAGAUCGGCAAGGAGGAGCGCCUACCCCAUCUCACCGCACUCAUGCAGACUUUCCUGGCCACCAUGGCGGACAUCGGUGCUGAGACAUGGAUCAUGCAUGGCACCUUGUUGGGUUGGUGGUGGAACCAGAAGAUCCUACCGUGGGACUCGGACAUUGAUGUACAGGUUUCGGAAACCACCAUCGCUUUCCUGGCCAAAUACUACAACAUGACCGAGUACCAUUUCAGACUGCCCGGUGUCAAAGGGGGCCGGACUUACCUUAUGGAAGUGAAUCCGCACUACACCAUACGCGGCGUCGAGGACACGCUCAAUGUCAUUGAUGCAAGAUGGAUUGACACCGACACUGGCUUGUUCAUUGACAUCUCUACCGUUCGACCAAACUAUACCGCAAGGGCUGAAGGAGUUGAAGGAGCUCUGAUGUGCAAGGACAAGCAUCACUACUUGGAACAAGACAUAUUCCCUCUGCGAGACAGCUUCUUUGAAGGCAUCCAUGUGAAGAUACCAUUCGAAUAUGCCGCGUUACUAGAACAAGAAUACGGGGAGAAGGCGUUGACACUCACCACUUUUGAGCACCACAAAUUCAAUCAUACGAGCAAAAUAUGGGAGCCCAUCCAGGAUCCGGUUCCUGGCCGAGGCCCAGGGCGAGGGCCGAGACGACACGGUCGAGUAUCUGGAAUGUCGCCAGCUUCUUGA